UGGAAUGUAACCUUCUACGGUUUUCACAUCCGGUUCAAAGAAAAAUGGAUUCGCUCACUAAUGUUGCGAUAAACAGUGUUAUUACGGCUGUUUUUCACCCGAUAGGUUAUUCUAAAGUUCUUAUUCAACUUGGGCAUGAACCUAUUUCUCCCAUCAAAUGUAAGACCUGGUUUGGACUCGGCAAAGAGGGCCUCUGUUACCCAAACAUUUUAUCAUACACAAAUCAUAUAUGGAAAACUGAGGGCCUCUUUGGCAUGUAUGUAGGAUUUCUUCCUCGACUGAUUGGAGGACAGAUCGGGAAUUUCUUCCAAAACAGGGUCAUGAUGGAAUUGCAGGAGGACAAGAAGUCCCAUGACAAGGAAGAUGAAGAGCCUGAAGACUGGAAGAAAGUGCUUGUGGUCCGGACAGCCAAGGAGAGUGUUUCCAAGUGUGUGGGUGUUGUCUUCAGCCAGCCAUUCCAUGUGUUAAUGAUUCGACAGAUGGCCCAGUAUGUGGGUGGGGAGACACAAUACAAUGGAUUAUUUACUGGCAUGGUUGAAAUAUAUCAUCAGGAUGGAAUCAAAGGAUUGUUUUCAGGACUGAUUCCUCGCUUGAUAGGGGAGUUGAUUCAAAUCUGGUUGGGUAAUAUAAUAGUCGAGGUGAUCAACAAAUACCUUGUGGAUAACAAGGACUAUGCUUCCUAUACCAAUGGAGUUGUUGGGCUGAUAGUGGCUCCCUUCUCCUAUCCAUUCACCCUUGUUGCCAAUAUUAUGACCAUUGCUGGAACUGAUUUGAUAGCGGCCAACCCUCCCAACAUGAGGCCUGUGUCAGGAUGGAGAGAGUGCUAUGUCAACCUCAAGACUGAGAAACAACUGAACCGUGGUUCCAAAUCUUUUUUCCGCUACGCCAUGUUGCCCAAGGGCCAGUAUGUGGCCAUGGGACGACACAUCCAGAAGUUCUAGUGGACUGUUAACGUAACACAAUAGCCUUGGUAACCUGAAGAAGGGUUGACCUACAGUGAAACCAACGAAACAUUGUUUAAAGGUUCACAAGUUGUAAUCAUUAUCCGAUUUCUUGCUUUUAUGGUAUCUAUUUACGUGAAGGAGUUGUUUAUAUCACAUGGUGGUGUUUUAAAUAGAUAUUUUAAAACUGGAUUUACAAGAAAACUGGUUAAGGUUUUUGAAUUCAUUUUAUUGAUAGCAAUUCACUUUAGUCUGAAUAUUGUUUCUUUUUUAGGUGCACAGUUUCAUGUCAUAGAUUAACAUAAUUAUGUAGGUGAAAGUUUUCACCACUGAUAAACAUUUGCUUCUUAAAUAAACUUUGACUUUCAUGCAUUAUAGAUAUGUUUCAGACACCAAUGUUACAUUAUUACACCAAUGUUACAUUAUUACUAACCUUUAUUUCCCAAAUAGAUUGUAUUUUGACGUAUUUGUAGUCCCAUAGAAAGUUACAUUUAAUUAUAGACUUUUCUUACUACAUGUAAAUUCAAGUUUAAAGGCUUCAUUUCCAACCCUUCGAUACUGAUGAGCAGCAAACAGCAUAAAACCUGAACAGACUGCGAGUUACUCACAGGCUGUUCUGGUUUUAUUCUGGUUGCAAAAGCCAUUUUCACUUUGCUUCUUACGGAGGAAUAUUUAAUGCUAUUGAUAGAACUCUGAUGACCAUAGUCUUCCAGCCUGUUUCAUGUAAUAAACUAUUCUCAGGUAUAAUAUUAUACCCAUCUACACAAUUAAAUUACGUAUUACAUUCUAAUUUGGUGUAUUUUCAAUCAUUUAAUAUGCAUUUUCUCUAAAUUGAUUUGUAUAAAAGGAUGAAGAUACAAUCUUUUAUUUAAUAAGUUACACAAUUUAAUGCUCAAAUGGUUAUUGCAUGUUUUUGUUAAAGAAUAAAAAAUAAUGGCUGUAAUUUUAGGAAAGGGUAAGUGCUAAAAGAUUACAGUUAUUUGCAUGAAAAAAGGAAGUUUAAUGCAUUCAGUCUUUUCUUAAAACGUAAAAUACAAAGACAGUAAUAUAAUACAUGUACUAGACUCUAAACCAAAUAAUCAUAGGAUAUGUGUGUUUUGGUUGAAUUUUAUGUUGAAGUGAUAUACUCAGUAAUUUGUGUUAGCCUUUUAUACCAUUAGUGCAUAAUGUUUAUGUUAUGAAUAAUUGUUUAUUUGAAUUUUUAAGUUAGCUGUGAAUUAUGUUAUUCAAAUCUAAUUUUUACAAAGAAUGUAUCAGUUGAAAUAGCAAUACAUAGACCAGACAUGUGAAACUCAUCUAAGAGCAUAUUAUAACAACUAUAGACACUUUAUUGUGGGUUCAACUAUUUCCUGGAUGUGAUAAACUAAUGUCCCUUAUGACUCAAAGCAACUUAUCUUGAACACAUGCUAUGUAAUGUAAAAACUCAUGAACUUUUUUUGCACUCUUUGGAUAGUAAGUAACAAAAUAUGUAGAAGAGAAACAAUUGCUUGUUAGGUGUAUUUCUUUUUUUCAUGUUAUUGUAUUCAAUAAAUUUUGUAUUCAUAGGGUCCAUUGUUCGUUUAUGUUAUCAUACUACUGAAUGACUGACUGAAAAAGUAAAUUAUGAAGACAUUUCCGCAAAAAAGUAUCUUUUCUGUUUAAUUGUUUUAGAUAAUAUCCGUUUUAAAGUUGAACAUGUGUAAAUCAUACUCCUGCAGGAGAAGGGGUAUAUUGGAUUCAAUCUGUCGGUCCGUUCGUCUCUCUCCAUUCUUUAUUAAGUUUGUGGAGCUAAAUUCUGCCACAUCUCAAGAAAUAAAGUUGAAACUUGAACAUUAUAUUGAAUAGUGUAGCAGCAUGAAAUAUGGUUGUGUAAGAUACAUUUGAUACUCCCUUUGAUCCACCAAACAUUCCUAAGCUAUUUGCCUUUGAACAGAGCCGACAAAGCGGUGCCGGGUAUUAGUGACACCUGUGACAAAGCCCUAGAUUGCUCAAAUGAUGCUCUCGUUGUGUGUUAUUAAUCGUAGACGUGGCAUAUCCUACUUUAAUUUCUAUUAAUAUAUGUAAAUGAGAUGUCAUGUAUAUGCGAAAAAUGACAAAAUAAAUUGCACACAUCGUU